AUGGGUGUCUUUGGAUUACGUAAAUUCAUUGAUGCCGCUUCAUGCACGAAGUUUCUCCCUAUGCCGUCAUCAGAAGAUGACGGUGAUCACCAAAAGAAUGAAGAACAGGAACAACAAGGGGAGAAUCAUAAUGCUCCUUCUUCUUCUUAUUCCUCUAGUUCCACAGGCUCAGCAUCUGUGGAUCAUGUGUUAGUUGAUCUGAAUUGUAUUAUUCACGCCUGCUUUAGGCAUGAUGCGGCAGCUGUGAAUACAAAACGAGAUCUCAUUCAAGCUGUUCUGCAGCGACUUCAGUUUCUCCUCACACAUGUGGCUGUACCUUCUAUUUCUUUGACCAUUUGUAUAGAUGGACCAGCACCAUACGCUAAGCUUCACACACAAAGAUUGCGACGUCGACGAGUUUCACUUCUUGAUACUUGUAGUUCACAGGAACAACAACAACAACAACAUCACCUUACACCACUUGCCGUAACCCCUGGUUCUUUAUUUCUGGUGGAAUUGGAAAAUGCGUUAGCAGCACAAUUUAAACUUGGUGGAGGUUCUGGUUUUUUACCAACAUAUGUGCCAGUUUUUCUCCAUGGUUCUACAGUAGUGGGUGAGGGUGAGGCAAAGAUUGCCCGGGCUCUUGCACAUAUUGCGACUCUCUCAUUCCCACAAUGUAAGAAGUAUAACCCAAAUAAUACGGUAGCGGUAAUAGGAAAUGAUAUUGAUCUUACAUUAACUUGUAUGGGUGCGACUCAAUAUCAUAAUUUAUUUGUUGUGGGUCCUUCUUCUAUGCAACUUAUUAGUGUAUCUGAUAUAUUAUACCGCUGGUUAUGCAGUGGUACUACAAUGGGUGAAGGAGGUUUUAAACUUACACCGCGAGAACUUGCCUCUGUACGAGUAGACUUUGUUUUUCUUUUUCUUCUUAAUGGUGGUGAUCAUUACGUUGGUGCUGGGGAAGUGGCCCAUGCACUAUGGAAGCGAUAUCGUACAGUACGUGCUGCGGCUGGUAUGCAACGUUCGUUGGUGUCUAAUGACUUACUUUCUGUGGAUGUGGACUUUCUUGCGGAUAUCUUGCAGGCGGAGGAGUACACGGGUGAAUGUGAUGCGGCCGUUGGAAUGCAAUUACUGCACGCCGCGUUGUGGUCCCUACACACAACUGUGACGGGUGUGUGUCCAGACUACCAAUAUCUUCCACAGGAGGAAAUAGCAACAGGCACAACACCAUCCACAACCUCUCCGCAUCUUAAUCAUGUUCGUGCAGCUGUACUGAAGUGUCUUAAGAAGAAAAGAAAACAACAGUUAAAUCGUAAUCAUAAUCAUAAUAAUCAUAAUAAUAAUAUACAAUAUCAAUAUAUUCGAUUUUCUUCACGUCGAGAAGAUUCACGUCCACUCACGCCACUGGAGACAUUUGUAGCGCUCAUGCCAACAGAAUCUACACUACCUGCAAGUAUCGCACAUACACUUCGUUCAUCACGCAAGUACGCUGCGGUAGCACAACAAUUACUCAACAGUUAUGAUGCUGAUAUUAUAGCAACAGCAGCAAAGGAGGUAGUAGAAGCCGCAGACGAACACUUGACAAUUAGUGAACGUUGUCUACGUGAGUUCACAACACCUGUUCAAUUGAAUGCAUUACAACCGCCUAAGCGACUCUCGCGUCAUGAACAACAUCGCAUGAUUGCCAAAAUGGGGAAAGUAGUGCGUGAACCUCCGAUCCCGCUUGUACAACGAGUAAUACUUCCCGAGGAAGUUCAAUAUGUGAAUGUGGAUUACCCCUUAUAUGUAAAGGAUCUCCUCUUUGUAUCUCCAUUUGAUCGCGUAGAUUCGGAUGAAAUGCCUAAGAGUUCUGCGGUGUUCACUGCGAGUGGUCUCACCACAACGCCUGUACCAUUAAAUGGUAAUAACAAUAAGAAAAUGAAGGAGAAGAGUGAGAAGAUGAAUCAUAAUGAGAAUAAGCCAAAGGUACGUCGAGUGCCUGUUCACAUGCAUAAUAAACAACACAUGGGAGGAGAAGGAGAAGAAGGCGAAGGAGUCUCUGCAACUCAACAGUUACAAGAGACACUUGCAAAGACGGCUGCGUUGCGAUUACCGGCGGGUCGUGAUAAGAAAACAUUACGACGUUUAAAGAAAAAACUCAACGCCCAUCGACAGCUCAGUGUUAAGGAAGCACGUGAAGGGGAAAGUACGGGAGAGGCCAGACAACACCUGCUGCGACACGGCGAUAAGGAAUUCUUGGAUGAGAUUCGGCAAUUCCUUGGAGAAGAUAAGGUGAGUGUGAAGAAACUUCUCCGAGAUGAUCAGGACAAGAAUCACAACAACAACAACAACCAUAAUAAUAAUAAUAAUAAUAAUAAUAAUAAUAAUAAUAAUAAUAAUAAUAAUAAUAAUACGAAAAAGAAGAAAAAGAACAACAACAGCAACAACGGGACUGCAGAAAAUAAUAGUGGGAUGAAAGGGAAGAAGACGGUAGAUACGCGAAACGAUAAAAAGAAGAACUCUAAAGCGAACACAUCCACGCAUGGGCUUAAACGCUCUAGAGAAGCAGCAGAAACAGAAGUUGCUAUUCGCGGUGAUGUCAGUGAACGCAAAAGGGAUUCAUUAGACGAAACGAAUAGGAAUAAGCGCCGACGGAAGGAAGUAAACUUGGAAAGAUGUGAUCGUAACACCAACGAUAACAGUGGUAGUGGAGUCACCACUGUUACCGCCGCUGCUGUUUCUAGAGUAACAAAGAAGAGAAAAUAA